GCAAGGUAUAUAAUAAUUAUGGAAAAUAUUCAAGACCAAGAAGACCUCAACAGCCAAAAAUGACUGAAGGAGAGCCUCCCAAUGGCAAAGGAAAUCAUAGAGGCUGUCCUAGACACUAUUCAGGAGCACUAUGACGAGAUUGAGCUUCGUAAGAAAGUUCCCAUAUUUGCAGCUGAUCUCCUCGUCUCACAGCUAAACCAAAGCAUGAUGUCAGGAGUAGUUCCGUUAUGUGAUAACCGAGCUGAUGACUUACUAGCAGACCAAGUAUUUCCAGUUGAGUCUGACUCAACCCUUGUAUAUGAGUACAUACAAGAUGACGAGCCCUUGCAGCCUCCUACUGACUAUUGUUGCAAAGAGAGGGUCAAAGUUAACUUUGUGUACAAAUACAAAAAUGACUCCAAAGUCAAAAAGAAGUUAUCUAUUAGUAAAUAAAUCAAAAAGUUCUCUUUCCAAGAGGUACAUAAUGAGAGCAACAACAAAGCUGUUCAGUGAGACUUCUGAGACCUCCUACCAAAAUAGCCCAAAGAAAAAGAAACUACCAACCUUUGAAGAGCAAUAUGGGGAUAUAAUAAAGCCUCUUGCUGAUGUAACUCCUUCUUCUAAAGGACCUAAGAUUACUUAUGACGAUGGCUUAACUCCUGAAACUAUGGAAAGGCUCCGCCAAGAAUCUAACAAGCGCAUCAAAGCUAAGAAAAUGAAGGAGCAGGACAUGAGAGAAAUGCUUCAGGCUAGAAGUCACAGUUAUAAUAAAUAACAUAGAAAAGGACAUUGAUUAUAAAGAUGGGAAAACUCCUGACUUUGAAGAACAGCUCACUCAUGCUUUUCAGAUCAAGUACAAACGAGCUGACUCGCUUGGAGUCAGAAAUCUUAUAAUUGAUAAAGACCAACUGAUCCGUGCCUCCCGGCCUAAUAUGGACAGACUUAUUAAAGUCCAAAACAUGAAGCAUGAAAUCAGGGAUCCUGGCCAAGAGUUAUUCCCUGAAGAGACCUCCAUCACUGGUCAAGAUGAAGGAGCAAUAAAUGGAGAAAACAAAACCCAAGGUUUUUUUAAUCAACAUGAUAAGGGAGAGGAUCUUUACCAACAGAUGGUAGAUGAAUCUGAAGAAACUAAGAUCAAGCCCGCAUUGAAGCCAAUCAAAACUCUCAAUAGGAAAAGUACAAUAAAAGUGAGCAAAGAUAACUCAUUGAUCACUUCAAAUCCUUCCAGUGGCAUAAAGUUUAGCAAAAAUUUCACAGGAAGGCAGGAUAUUAGUAAUGCAUUCUCCUCACUUCGGAGAAACUUCCUUCCAACAUUUGGAGUAACAUACUCUGAGAAACAGAAGGAGGCUAAGAUGAACCAACAGCAAUCAUCCUUAAAAUUAGCGCCAUCUUCAUUAAAAAGACUCUCGAACAACAUUGCCAGCACUUCUGACAUGAGUGUACAAGUCAAGGGUGAAGACUACAUUUCAAGUCUUCCUCAGAAUAGGAUGCGUAGAAAGGAUUAUGAAGCAAAUAACCUCUCCUUCGACAACAUCCGCCCGUUGUACAACAUGUCAAGUGCCCAAAAAUUUGACAAUCGUUCUAUGAACCACUCUGAAGCCACUUUUGGUCAUAGAGAAUCCCGGGUGGACACACUCAAGCGUGAAGUCUCCCACAGCUUACUUGUUAACAAGCCGUUGCAUGAAGAAUUUAGGGAUGAAUAUGAUGGACAGAGAGAUAAAAGUAAUGUGUAUCUACCAAAGUUAAAGACCAAAUACACUCUUCACAUCACAGAUAUGGGCCCUAGAGUUGUUAAUAAAAAACUUGUUGACAACACAACUAGUCAGAAGUCGGAAACUGUUUCAAACAUUGACGAUGAAGUUGAAGAUAGUCUCCUCAAGACUGAAAAAGACUAUCCUCAGCCUGAUUAUUUUCCAGUGGCUUCUAAUCCCAAGUUUAGUUUGAAGAAGUGGAAAAGGAAGAAGAGAGGAAACUUCGAUGCUUCUAAAUCUAUAGAUUACAGUAUUUUCCAGAAAAAGAGACAGUACUUAGAUCUUUACAUGAAUUCUAAUGAAUAA